UUUUUCUUAAUCCAAGUUCCAAUCGCAGCCCUGGCCAACCCUUGGUGGACCGGCCCGGUCGGCGGCCUCCCCGGCGGCCUCGACCUCCACCCUUCCCUCCACAAUUCCGCCCUCAACGACGAAGACGACGACCACAACAGCGGCGGCAGCGGAAGCGGCGGCGGAGGCGGAGGCGACCCCAAGGAAGGCGCGAUCGAAGUCACCAGGCGGCCACGUGGCCGCCCACCCGGCUCCAAGAACAAGCCGAAGCCGCCCAUCUUCGUCACCCGCGACAGCCCAAACUCCCUCCGCAGCCACGUCAUGGAGGUGGCGGGCGGCGCCGACGUGGCAGACAGCGUCGCACACUUCGCGCGCAGGCGCCAGCGCGGCGUCUGCGUCCUGAGCGGGAGCGGCUCCGUCGCCAACGUCACCUUGCGUCAGCCCACGGCCCCCGGGUCCGUGGUCGCGCUCCACGGCCGGUUCGAGAUCCUCUCCUUAACCGGCGCCUUCCUGCCCGGCCCCGCCCCGCCCGGCUCGACCGGGCUCACGGUCUACCUGGCGGGCGGGCAGGGCCAGGUCGUGGGAGGGAGCGUGGUGGGCCCGCUGGUCGCGGCCGGACCGGUCAUGGUGGUGGCCGCGACUUUCGCCAACGCGACCUACGAGCGGCUGCCGUUGGAAGAGGAGGUGGAGGAAGAGGAGGAAGGAGGGAAGGACAGCGGCGGGCAAGGGAACGGGCAGAUUCAGGAGACGUCGCCGCCGCCGCCAUCAGUAGCGCCUCCGACAAUCGGGAUGAUGUCGGAUCCGUCAGCGAUGUUCAAUUUGCCGCCGAAUCUGAUCCCUAACGGUGGUUCUCAUCACCAUCAUCAGUUAGGGCACGAUGGGUACGCGUGGGCGCACGCGCGGCCGCCGUACUGA